UGGGAGUAUCCUGUUUGCUGGCAGGGUCCAGAUUCGGAUAAAGAGAACUUUGCAGCUAUAUUGCUGGAAUUAAGCGCUGAAUUCAAGCCAAUAGAAUUGCUUCUCUCGGCAGCGGUCUCGCCGAACAUUCUGGUGAUUGACAAGGGCUACGACGUCCCGGCGUUGGCCAAGUAUUUGGACUGGAUCGCCGUCAUGGCGUAUGACUAUCACGGGCAAUGGGAAAAACGUACUGGUCAUGUUGCGCCUUUAUAUCAUCAUCCGGACGAUGAGUUCUACUACUUGAACGCUAACUAUUCGAUCAACUAUUGGAUCUCGAAGGGUGCACCACCCAGGAGCAUUGUUAUGGGCAUGCCGUUGUACGGACACUCCUUCUCAAUCCACAAUCCCAGAGCUGGAACUGGUCUCAAUUCUCCGGCCAGCGCCGGGAACGCCGGAGAGUUCACCGGAAUUGCCGGUUUUUUGUCUUACUACGAAAUCUGCGAUCGAGUAUGCAAUCGUGGAUGGACGGUUGUGCAGGAUCCGGAAAGUAGAAUGGGUCCGUACGCUUACAAGGGCAGCCAAUGGGUUAGUUUUGACGACUCGGAGAUGAUCAGGCGGAAGGCGCAGUUCGUGCGCGAUAUGGGUUUGAGCGGUGGUAUGGUAUGGGCUCUGGAUUUGGACGAUUUCCACGGACGAUGCGAUAACGGACCACAUCCACUGAUGCACAUGAUUCAGCGGGUGCUGGCGGAACCGCCGAAGGAGCACGACAGGCAUCUGAAGCCCGUAGAAUCG